AACUUACACACAAGGCUUUGGAAUGAAGCUUUUGAAGAGAAGGAAGUUUAAUGAUAGAGGAUAUGAAGAUGCCCUUGUUGGAUUUGGACCUGAAAACACUCACUUUUUAUUAGAAAUGAGACAACGGGAUGAAUCCAACAAUGUAUUUAUUGGCACAGAGUUUGGAUACUUUGGAAUUUCCACUCAAGAUGUCUACAAGUCUGUGGAACAAGCUCGAAGAAAUGGAGCAGUGGUAAUUCAAGAACCUGAAAAAGUUAACCAAACUAUAAGUGGAGUGGAAUGGUGGAAGAUGAAAAUGGAUAUAAAUUUAAGUUCAUCCAAUGCAUCUCAGCUCCCAUUGAUCCUCUCUCUCAAAUAAUGCUUCGUGUACAAGAUUUGAAUAUCUCUACCAACUUCUAUUCAAAGGCAUUAGGGAUGAAACUCUUCAAGAGCCAAAACAAUUCACAAGCACAGUUAAGAUGGGGUAUGAUGGGAUAUGGAAGAAAUGAAAGUGAGACAACAGUGCUUAAAUUGGAAACAAGAAAUAACAUAUCUCGUGAUGAUGGAGGAGAUGGCUAUUCAAUGCUAUACAUUAGUACAGACAAUGUAAAGAAGAGUAAUGAAGCAGCCAAAUUGGUAAUAAAAGAGCUUGGUGGGAACAUAAUAAUGGAGCCUGUUUUGGUGCCAACCAUUAAUGUCAAAAUGACUGGAUUUAGUGUGACCCUGAUUCUUGGAGAAUGAUUAUGGUGGACAAUAAAGAUUACCAAAGAGGAACCCUUUAGAAAGAAGGGAAAAAGAAGAAAAUAAUGUUCAAAUUUAGAGGACAUUAUGAGAUUUAAGAGCUUCUUCUUUUGAUGCAAUUAAUGUUUAAUAUAUAUUAUUGUUCCAUCUUCUCCAUUUUUAACUUUCAUGGUAAUAUUUAAGCUUUUCAAUUCUUGAUUAAUUAGGAUUAUUGUUGAAUAAAUAAAAUAAAAUAAAGUUGAUGUUAUUCUUUUA